AUGGAUAUAUCAAAUGCCAACUACAAUUCCAUUCUACACAUCAAUGGUGAUUUUCAAGAGGUCAAGGAUUUUCGAAAGAGUGUCAUAAUGUCAGGUGUACCUGCUGCAACUCAAGUUUUCCAAAUAACGGGAGAACCGACAUAUUCAAUUGAAGAGGACCUACUUAACCAUUCCAUUUAUAAGCCCAUAUCCGAGCUGAAGGAUUCAAUUGAGAAUGGGCUCUUUGUCACUAUUGACACAGUUAUAUCCAUUGAUCCUAAGAAUGGGUUUAGCAUAAACAUGCGAGUUACUGAUGAGACUGAUACGGCUUCCUUCCUACUGUGCGAUAAGGAAGCGUCCAAAUUCUUUGGUAUAUUCGCAUCCGAUCUCAAACUUGCACAACUAACCAGGGGUGGAGUUAAUGAAGAAUAUCCAACAGAGCUUAACUCACUGAUGGGAAAGAAAUUUCUGUUCAAAGUUUCUGUGAAAAUGGAAGAUCUGAAUGCAUUCCAAUCAUAUAGGAUAAUUGUUACUAAACUCUGUGGGGACAACUCAGUUAUAACAAAAUUUACUGCAAAGAAUAGCUUAGACGAGCACAAUAUGGGUAUGGAUAAUUAUGAACUGCUGAGCAUGAACACUGACUCUGCUGAAACUCCAAAGGGUACAAUUUCUCCCUCUGUUGAGACUCUAUCCCAGGGAACAAAUGAUGCAUUCUCAACUCCAAAUGAUAAAAUCAUCACUGGUGGGUGGUCUAAGAAGCUGAUCAAGCUAUACCCAGAUUCUGGCCAUGCAUCAUUCUCCAGGAAAGUGACAAUGGGUGUCACUGCAACCAUUGUCGAGAUUCAUGAUGAUUAG